CUUCCUCUUCUGACAAGCCUAAAAAAUGACCGGUGCUUCCAGAACCUACUCCAAGACCUACAAGGUCCCCAAGAGAGCUUUCGAGUCAGCUCGUCUCGACCAGGAAUUGAAGCUGGUCGGUGAGUACGGUCUCAAGAACAAGAAGGAAGUCUGGCGUGUCGGACUCACCCUCUCCAAGAUCCGUCGUGCUGCUCGUGAGCUUUUGACCUUGGACGAGAAGGACCCCAAGCGUCUCUUCGAGGGUAACGCCUUGAUUCGCCGUCUCGUACGCAUCGGUGUACUCGAUGACUCCCGCAUGAAGCUCGAUUACGUUCUCGGUCUCAAGAUUGAGGACUUCAUGGAGCGUCGUCUCCAGACCCAGGUCUUCAAGCACGGUCUUGCCAAGUCCAUCCACCACGCUCGUGUCCUCAUCCGUCAGCGUCACAUCCGUGUCGGCAAGCAGAUCGUCAACGUUCCCUCCUUCAUCGUCCGCUUGGACUCCCAAAAGCACAUCGACUUUGCUUUGACCUCCCCCUAUGGUGGUGGCCGUGCCGGUCGUGUCAAGAGAAAGAGAGCCGCUGCUGCCGGUGGUGCCGAGGAAGAUGAUGAAGAGUAAAGAUUUUGAUCUUUAUCUCUAAUUCUAAACCCUCCCAUUGUUCCCGUCUUGAUGUUGUCAUGAACCUUUGCAAUAGCUUUUGUUUUUUUUUAUUACAUAAAAAAUAAAAUCGAAAAGAAAAUACGUACAUAUAAAAAAAGAAAGUCCCUUUUGAUGUUUUUUAUUGCAAAGCACCUGUGCUAUUACGUACAGUAUCAUGGCAUUCAUCAUGACCAAGUAAGUCACAAGGAUUUUUUUUUGCAAAAAAAAAGCGAGACUGAGGGAUAUGAUUGAGAAAUGAGCUGUUUUGUUAUUGAAUUUGUGAGAUAAGAUACAAGUAAUUUUGAGAAAAAAAUGUUUGAACUAUAGAAUAUUUGUGGCUUCAAUGAUAGUUUUUUUUCAUAAAGACAUCUUGAGCUGCUUUUAUUUUAUUUCUUAUAUAAUUUUAUUCUUGAUCUAUUACUGUGUUAAAAGAUGUGCUUAAUAUCUUUUUUUUUUCAAAACUCUUUCUUUAUUUUUCAUUUCUCCUCAGUCUUGUAUUGUCCGUGUGAAUUGGUCAUGAUGUUGCCUUGUGCUUUGAUGUGUUUGUGUUUAUGUUUACUGAUGAAAUUUUUUUUUACUUGGAGAAUCUUUUAUAUAUUUUUUAUUCUUUUUGUAGCACUAGCUUAGAAUACUUUUUAUUUGGUUUUUCCUUUGUGCGAGUGUGAUAGGUUAAGGUGUAGAUAUAGUGACAUGGAAUUGAAUGGUAGAAUUUUAUACAAAUCAAUAAAUAAAUAAACAAAAGAAAAAUUUUGACUCAAUAC